AACAAAAACAAUGAGUUCUUCUGUAGCUUAACGCUAAACGACAGAUUGAGUGAAACGGCUAAUUUGUAGCAUGCAACAAAUUUCCUUUUCUUUCGAGAUGAACACAUUUUUAGUUCUCUUUUCUUGUGCAAAAGGUACAGUUAAAACUACAUCGGCUUACAUUACAUGCAAAAAAAAAGAGGCUGUCUCAAUAAAGUUCCAAAUGGUGCCCGCAACUUUUUUAAAUUCCUUGAAAGUAAAGCAUGUCGGGAGAACUUUCGGGUUUGCAUGUUAAGCGCCAUUAUUAAUCAAAAAGAAAGAGCCAAAAAAGAGAGAGAAGGGAACUAGUGAGGUGGGAGCAGGGACCAAGAGCUCUCCCACACUCCCACUGCCACUGCCUGCUGCCACUCCCCCACCUCUCUCUCCCCCUCUCCCCGUCGCCUUUCGCCGCCGUCCGUCCCCACUUUCUUUUAGCAUCAUCCUAUAAUCCUCGCCCAAAGUCCGCAGAUUCCUGAUUGCUCCGAGUUCUUCUGCUGGUUCUUGGCAAGAGAGGCAAGGCCAAGAAAGGUGGUGAUUUCCUGCCCAUCUCCAAUUCUCCCCCAUUUAAUUUAAUUUGUGGUUUUCUCCGCCGGCGGAAACGAGUUCUUGAGGAGCAACCUCCAUUCCUGCGCCAUUCCCGAAUUUGGCGCUGAAGAAAGGAGCGAAGCGAAGCCGGCUGUUUCGCCGAAAAUCGCAGCUUUCUCGCGCGCGCGGGUAAGGUGGGGUUGUCGAACAGCAGAUUGGUAGAGAGGAACGCGGCAGUCAGUCGGUAUGAUUCAGCUGCUGUUCCUCGUUCUGUUCGCGGAGGGCGCCGUGGCGCUGCUGCUGAUGGUAAAGGUCGGGCCGCUGCGGGAGCUGGCGAUGCGCGGCGUGGACCAGGUGAAGACAGGCAAGGGCCCGGCCACCGUGAAGACGCUGGCAUGCACGCUCUCCGUGAUCCUCAUGUCCAGCGUCGCCAGCAUCCUCAAGAUCCAGAACAGGGGGCUCAAGCUCGGCACCGUCAGCCCCAUGGACCAGGUGCUCUGGAGGACGCACCUCCUCGAGGCAUCCCUCAUUGGGUAUACUCUAUUCCUUGCAUUUGUAAUCGACCGGUUGCACCACUACCUCCGAAAGCUCAUCACACUGAGGAAAACAUCCAGCACAUCCAGGGAGGAGGUCGAGAAACUUCAAAUGGAGAACCGAUCCCUCCGUGAAAAGGAUGAUAAAUCCUCCAACGAAAUCAAGAAGCUUCAGCGGGAGAUUGCUAAGCUGAAUGAGAAUAUGAAGAAGCUGAAAUCCGAGACUGAAGAACACGAGAAGAAGGCAUCAACAGCAGAGGCCCAUGUCAACGCCCUGCAAAAGCAGUCUGAGGAGCUGCUUCUGGAGUAUGACCGGUUGCUGGAAGACAACCAGAUUCUGCAGGCUCAGCUAUUUAACAGAGGCUAGGUUAAGCUGGUAUAUGCAACUUUAGUUGUUCAUUAGCAAGACUCUUACCAGAUGGCGUCAGUGAGCCAAGGGCUUGCCCUGUUUCGAAUGAUUAUGUGCCGCGGUUCUAAUUUUCGGCUCGUCGAUGUGCUUCUUGGCGUCCAUGCUCUUCGUAAAUUAUGGUCUUCUUGAUGCACAGAUGUAGUGUGUAUUUUGGACU